AUGUUUGGCAAAGGAAUCGUACGAGUGACGAAUAAAAAAAAAAAAUCCCGAACCGGAUACGGAAGUUCCGGAACCUGUCUGUCUAUUCGUAGCGCGAUAUUCACGGAAGAUCAAAAGGAAACGAGCACGGAAUUGGCAUUUAAAUACGCAGUUUAUAAAAUAAAUAAAAAUAAAAAUUUUUUACCUAAUACCACGUUGGUUUACGACAUACAAUACGUGCCACGUGACGAUAGUUUUAGAACGUCGAAAAAAGCUUGUCGCCAACUUGAAAACGGAAUUCAAGCAAUUUUCGGACCGACUGACCCACUUUUAGGUGCUCACAUUCAAUCCAUAUGCGAAGCAUUAGAUGUUCCACACAUGGAAGCGAGACUCGAUUUCGAACCGUUUUUAAAAGAAUUUUCAAUUAAUUUACAUCCGAGUCAACAACAUUUAAAUAAAGCAUUUCAAGAUUUAAUGAUUUUUUUAAAUUGGACCAAAGUUGCCAUUAUUUACGAAGAAGAUUACGGAUUGUUUAAACUUCAGGAUUUAGUGAAAUCACCGCCGAAUUCAAAAAUGGAAAUGUAUAUAAGACAAGCUAAUCCCACGACAUAUCGUCACGUAUUAAAAGAGAUACGACAAAAGGAAAUAUAUAAAUUAUUGGUGGAUACGAAUCCCGUUCACACAAACGUAUUUUUCAGAGCCAUUUUACAAUUACAAAUGAACGAUUAUAGAUAUCAUUACAUGUUCACGACAUUUGAUAUAGAAACAUUCGAUUUAGAAGAUUUUAAAUAUAAUUCAGUUAACAUAACGGCAUUUAGAUUGGUAGACGUGGAAGAUGCAAACGUUUAUAACGUACUUCAACAAAUGGAAAAAUUUCAACCUGUCGGACAAGCGAUUCUUAACAGCUCAGGUAUAAUUCAGGUCGAACCUGCUCUCAUGUACGAUGCAGUUCACGUUUUCGCAUCAGGUUUAUCCGCAAUGGAUAAAAGUUAUUCGGUAAAACCCGCAAAUUUAUCCUGCGAUUUGGAAAAACCUUGGGAAAAUGGCGCUAAUUUAUUUAAUUUCAUUAAUUCCGUUUACAUAAACGGUUUGACGGGUAGAGUCGAAUUCAAAGAGGGUAAAAGAAGUAAUUUCAAAUUGGAUUUGUUAAAAUUGAAAAAGGAAAAAUUACAAAAAGUCGGUCAAUGGAAUCCAUUUAGUGGAAUCAAUAUAACGGAUCCGAACGCAUUUUACGAAACAAAUACAAAUAACAUAACACUCGUAGUCAUGACGAGAGAGGAGAGACCUUACGUAAUGGUUAGACAUGAUAAAAAUUUAACGGGUAAUGCAAGGUUCGAAGGUUUUUGUAUUGACCUUUUAAGAUGGAUAUCGGGUCAAGUGGGUUUUAAUUACGAAAUAAGAUUAGUUCCAGAUCAUAAAUAUGGCGUCCUGGAUCAAGAAACUAAACAAUGGAAUGGAAUCGUUAGAGAACUCAUGGAUAAGAGAGCGGAUCUUGCUGUAGCAUCAAUAACCAUUAAUUAUGCAAGAGAAAGUGUCAUCGACUUUACGAAACCUUUUAUGAAUUUAGGAAUUGGAAUCCUUUUUAAGGUACCCACGAGUCAACCCACAAGACUUUUUUCAUUUAUGAAUCCUUUAGCUGUCGAAAUAUGGAUUUACGUUCUGGCAGCAUACAUAUUAGUCAGUUUUACAUUGUUCGUAAUGGCGAGAUUUUCACCCUACGAAUGGCACAAUCCUCAUCCGUGUCAAACGGAUUCCGACAUUAUAGAAAAUCAAUUUUCCGUAUCGAAUUCCUUCUGGUUUAUAACGGGUACAUUUUUAAGACAAGGUUCCGGUUUGAAUCCGAAGGCGGCAUCGACGAGAAUCGUCGGUGGUAUUUGGUGGUUUUUCACUCUCAUUAUCAUCUCAUCUUAUACUGCCAAUUUGGCGGCUUUUCUAACCGUCGAAAGAAUGAUAACGCCGAUUGAAAACGCUGCGGAUUUAGCAGAACAAACUGAAAUAUCUUAUGGAACGCUCGAGGGUGGUUCGACAAUGACUUUUUUCAGGGAUUCUAAAAUAGGGAUUUAUCAAAAAAUGUGGAGAUUUAUGGAAAGUAAAAAACCAUCAGUUUUCGUACCCUCUUACGACGAAGGAGUCAAACGGGUGUUAGAUGGUAAUUAUGCCUUCCUCAUGGAAUCAACCAUGUUGGAUUACGUAGUUCAAAGGGAUUGUAAUCUGACACAGAUAGGAGGAUUACUCGAUAGUAAAGGAUACGGGAUAGCAACUCCAAAAGGGUCGCCCUGGAGAGAUAGAAUCUCAUUAGCUAUUCUGGAAUUACAAGAAAAAGGAAUAACACAAAUAUUAUAUGAUAAAUGGUGGAAAAACACGGGUGAUGUUUGUAACAGGGAUGAUAAAAGUAAAGAAAGUAAAGCUAACGCUUUAGGAAUCGAAAAUAUCGGCGGUGUGUUUGUCGUUUUGCUUUGUGGCCUUGCAUUAGCUGUUAUAGUUGCAUUUUUAGAAUUCUGUUGGAAUUCUAAAAAAAAUGCUAGAAUGGAUCAGCAAUCUUUAUGUUCUGAAAUGGCUGAAGAAUUGCGAUUUGCCAUGCGUUGCCACGGUUCAAAACAAAAACCAGCCUUGAGAAGAAGUUGUGCCAAAUGUUCUCCAUUAACCACAUACGUGCCUGCACCUUUAGAUAUGCCUCACAUAAACGGGCUUCCCGAUUUUCUGAUUAAUUGGAGUUUUUCCAAAUCAGAAAAUGCGACAACAACAGGAAACACAAUAUCCGAUUCUUGCGACGAAACUGAAUUGGAUCAAUCAAAUAUUGUUACCAUAGAUACCUUAAUGAAAGAAACUGAAAUGUAA